AUGGAGCCCGCCGUGUCUCUGGCCGUGUGCGCGCUGCUCUUCCUGCUCUGGAUCCGCGUGAAAGGGCUGGAGUUCGUGAUCAUCCACCAGCGCUGGGUGUUCGUGUGCCUCUUCCUGCUGCCGCUAUCGCUCAUCUUCGACAUCUACUACUACGUGCGUGCCUGGGUGGUGUUCAAGCUCAACAGCGCGCCGCGGCUGCACGAGCAGCGCGUGCGGAACAUCCAGAAGCAGGUGCGGGAAUGGAAGGAGCAGGGCAGCAAGACCUUCAUGUGCACGGGGCGCCCGGGCUGGCUCACCGUCUCGCUGCGGGUUGGGAAGUACAAGAAGACUCAUAAAAACAUCAUGAUCAACCUGAUGGACAUUCUGGAGGUGGACACCAAGAAACAGAUUGUCCGUGUGGAGCCCUUGGUGACCAUGGGUCAGGUGACCGCCCUGCUGAACUCCAUCGGCUGGACUCUGCCUGUGUUGCCUGAGCUCGAUGACCUCACAGUGGGGGGCUUGAUCAUGGGCACGGGCAUCGAGUCUUCAUCCCACAAGUACGGGCUGUUCCAGCACAUCUGCACUGCCUAUGAGCUGGUCCUGGCUGAUGGCAGCUUUGUGCGAUGCACACCGUCAGAAAACUCUGACCUGUUCUAUGCCGUGCCCUGGUCCUGUGGCACCCUGGGCUUCCUGGUGGCCGCAGAGAUCCGCAUCAUCCCCGCCAAGAAGUAUGUGAAGCUGCGGUUUGAGCCGGUGCGGGGCCUGGAGGCCAUCUGCGACAAGUUCGCCCUCGAGGCGCAGCGGCCGGAGAACGACUUCGUGGAGGGGCUGCUGUACUCCCUGGAGGAGGCCGUCAUCAUGACGGGGUCGAUGACGGACAAGGCAGAGCCCAGCAAGCUGAAUAGCAUUGGCAAUUACUACAAGCCGUGGUUCUUCAAGCACGUGGAGAACUACCUGAAGACAAACCAAGAGGGCCUGGAGUACAUUCCCCUGAGACACUACUACCACCGGCACACACGUAGCAUCUUCUGGGAGCUCCAGGACAUCAUCCCCUUCGGCAACAACCCCGUCUUCCGCUACUUCUUUGGCUGGAUGGUGCCUCCCAAGAUCUCCCUCCUGAAGCUGACCCAGGGCGAGACUCUGCGCAAGCUGUACGAGCAGCACCAUGUGGUGCAGGACAUGCUGGUGCCCAUGAAGUGCCUGCAGCAGGCCCUGCACACCUUCCAAAACGACAUCCACGUCUACCCCAUCUGGCUGUGCCCGUUCAUCCUGCCCAGCCAGCCGGGCCUGGUGCACCCCAAGGGGGACGAGACCGAACUCUACAUCGACAUUGGAGCGUAUGGGGAGCCGCGCGUGAAACACUUUGAAGCCAGGUCCUGCAUGAGGCAGCUGGAGAAGUUCGUGCGAAGCGUGCAUGGGUUCCAGAUGCUCUAUGCCGACUGCUACAUGAACCGGGAGGAGUUCUGGGAGAUGUUUGAUGGCUCCCUGUACCACAAGCUGCGCAAGCAGCUCGGUUGCGAGGAUGCCUUCCCGGAGGUGUACGACAAGAUCUGCAAGGCCGCCAGGCACUGA